AUGUCCAGCUCAUCCGACAGUAGCCUCCCUGUAGGCGUGGUGCUUCUGGUCCGCCAUGGAGAUCGCAUGGGGUUCUAUCAGGAUCCCGAAACCUACACAGCAAGUGCCACGCAGAUCACACCAUUAGGGAACCAACAAGAGUAUCAGUUAGGAACUUACUUGAGAUCCGUGUACCUAAACGAGUCUUCGCCGUCGUACAUUCAGGGACUGGGUACCGGAUUGUUCAAUCAGUCCCAAGUUUUUGUGCAGGCAGACAUCGGCGACGAAGGAUAUGUUAUAUAUGAUUCCUGUGUUUCAUUAACCCAGGGUCUAUGGCCUACGACAACGAGCAACAACAUCACUCUUGCAAAUGGGACUACCAUCAUGGCGCCCCUAAACGGUUAUCAAUACGUUCCAAUUGAUGGCAUCGAUCCCACUGAAAACAUGUCCCUCGAAGGAUUUGAUAAUUGCAACACGUUCAGUGCCCACACAACUGCAUUCUAUGAUUCUCCUGAGUUCCAGGAGAUGGAAUCGCAGAGUGCGGCUUUCCUGCAACUUCUACCUCCGUACCUGGGCGACCGAGCCGCGACGCUGCAAAACAUGUGGAAUGUAUUCGACUAUAUGAACGUCAAUUACAUACACAACGCAACGUUUGCUGCCUCCCUUCCUCCGACUUUCCUUCCUCAAGCACGUGCGUUGGCCAAUUGGCACGAGUAUAACGUCUUCAGCGACGCGAGCCUCAGUGGCAUCGGAAACAUUGCUGGUCGAACAAUCAUCCCAACCAUUUUUGAAGCGUUCGAUGCCAUCCUCGAUCCUGUCAACCCUGCUAAACUCUAUGUUACUGCUAUAUCCUACAAGCCCUUUUUAUCACUCUUCAAUAUGACGGGUGUGGCAGCUGCAAAUCCAGAACUCGCUGGAAUAGUGGAUUACGCUUCGGCUGUUGCGCUUGAGGUUCGACUGCCAAAUGGCGAUGCUACCGAAGCCACUAUCCGCUUCAACUUCAAGAAUGGUUCAGAUCCCCAGUUCACCACAUACAACUGGAUGGGCGCCACCGGAGACAUCAAAGUGACGUCGUUCUAUGAUGCGUUAUCAAGUUCGGUAGUGAACGGGACGGCGGAUUGGUGCAAUGUAUGCCAGAACACCCAGGUUAGCAGUUGCGCUGCGCUCAAUCUCGCUGCGCAACAAGCGAGGGCGGCGGCCUUAUCACCCUUAAGUCCAGUUGGUGCUGGGUUCCUUGGCGCAGGAAUGACGAUCGUCCUGUUUGCCGUCGCGUUAAGCUCACUGCUAUUCUUUGGGUUGCUGAAGUUCAAACGCCCCCUGUUCAAAGGGCGGAAGCAUAGGGAAGAGGAUCAAGUUGAACUAAGCAAAACACAAGCGUACGCCGAUAGCGUAAAUCCGCCAUCGAGCGUAAGUCGUGGGCAGUGA